ACCGGGACAAUUUGCAAAGACUUCCAACAACAACGACUAGCAAGCCAACCAGGUUUGUUGAAGUUGUCUUCGCUCUCCUCCUCUUACCUUCGUCUUCUCUUACUCUACAGACCCCUUAAAGCUCUUCUCAAUUCUCAUUUCUUAUCCGGCGGCAACAAUCGAGAUCUCACGGAGGAAGAGCUCGUAAAUCAUGGCGGCUGGAGGAGGAGGAGGAGCAACCACCAGUACUACUACUACUUCUCUGCAAUACACCCCAACAUGGGCUUUGGCAGUUGUUUGCUUCGUAUUCAUUUUCUUAGGCAUUCUCAUUGAACACUUGAUCCAUCUCUUAGGCCAUUGGCUUAAGAAACAUCGGAAAAUUGCCUUGUUUGAUGCAAUGGAGAGGCUCAAAUCAGUUUUGAUGCUGCUGGGAUUCAUGUCUCUAAUACUAGCAGUAACUCAAAGGUUUAUUUCGAAAAUCUGCAUACCCAAUAGAGUUGCAGAUUCCAUGCUUCCAUGCCGCAAGGGCUGGCCAACCAAAACUACCAAAGCAUAUGAGAACUUUGCAUGGACCAAUACAUUUGAAGAUAAUAUGACAGUAUGGAGAGAGAGGGGUUUGGCAGCCACCGUCUCCGGUGGCAACUCUGCUGAUCAAUGUGGAUCUAAGGGGAUGACUCCUCUGAUAUCAACAGUGGGGAUCAAUGAGCUGAAUAUCUUCAUCUUUGUGUUAGCAAUAAUGCAGAUAGUGUACAGUGUUCUCACAAUGGGUUUAGGAAGGGCUAAGAUGAGGCGGUGGAAAACUUGGGAGAAAGAAACCCGGACCGUAGAGUAUUUGGCGGCCAAUGAUCCCAAUCGAUUCAGAUUUACAAGGCAAACAACAUUUGGACGGCGGCAUAUGAACGACUUUACAACAACACCAACUCUGCUAUGGAUUAAAUGUUUCUUUCGGCAAUUUUUCUAUUCAGUGGCGAAAGUAGACUACCUCACUUUGCGCCAUGGUUUCAUUUCGGCUCAUUUGUCAGGAAACAACUCCUUCAAUUUUCAAAAGUACAUACAGAAAUCCUUGGAAGAUGACUUUAAAGUUGUAGUUGGCAUAAGCCCUUUCAUGUGGUUUCUGGUUGUCAUCUUCCUCCUUGUUGACGUACAUGGUUGGAAUGCAUAUCUCUGGGUAUCAUUUCUCCCACUCAUCACAGUGCUACUUAUUGGAACCAAACUUGAAGUAAUUGUCGCGAGAAUGGCUCUUCAAAUCAAAGAACAGAACAAUGUAAUCAAAGGAACUCCUUUGGUUCAACCCAAUGACAAUCUAUUCUGGUUUAGUCACCCCAAAUUUGUGCUGACUCUUCUACAUUUAACCCUUUUCAUGAAUGCAUUCGAGCUUGCGUUUUUCGUCUGGGUCACGUUACAAUUUGGUAUAAAGUCGUGCUACCAUGAACGCGUAGAGAUCAUUGUGAUCAGAGUGGUAUUAGCGGUGAUGGUUCAAGUCCUUUGCAGUUACAUUACUCUUCCCCUCUAUGCACUUGUAACCCAGAUGGGUUCAUAUUUCAAGAGUGCAGUGCUAGAAGAGCAAACAGUGCAUGUCAUAAAGAAUUGGCAUGCCGAAGUGAAAGAGAAGAGGAAGAAAAAACCACAGUCCCAGUCUCCUCGUGAUCAUUCAUCAACCACAUGGGGCAACAGCAGAACCAACUCCCCGAAGCUCUCUUCUCUUCACCGGAAUUCGACUCUAGCAGAAUUCACUUCUCGUGAAAUCACCGAAGACCACCAAGAACAGGCGGUUGGUGGUGCUGAGAUCUAUGAAGACCAUCAAGAAGAGGUACUUGUCCAAGGUGAAGUAGGUCCACAUAAUUUGUCUACCCUUGAGGUGAGGUUAGAAUUGCCCGACUUUAUUAAGAACCGAACAUAAAUAUUGUUGAUAGAGUUAAGUUUUGUGUGCCCACCAUAUAUAGGUAGUGGGUUUGGCCAUAGAUUUGUAUACUUGUAAUCUAAUCAAUACUUCAAACUUCUUUUAGGCUUGAGCCAAGCUACUCUCCCUUUGAGAAAUUCUUUGCUUGGUCCUUAAG